AUGGUCCUCACAUGCCUUCACAUGCCGGAGGAACGAAGCGCUUUCGUUCUGCACUUUGACAGCCCCAGCUUCACGGAAUGGCCAGGGGCCCGUCUUGGACUGCCAGCCGGCCGUUUCAAGACGGAGAAUCCCAGGCGGGACAAGUUCGCCCUGCGUGCAAAAGCCUCAAUGACGGAAUUGGACGAAGAGGACAUCAUCACCGUUCAAAGCGGCAAAGCAGAAGCAAAUCUACCGCCACUGGCGAUGUCUGCCUGGACGCAAGGCUCGCUCGACGAGUGUGCAAAGCCUGUGGCUUCAUGUAGCCUUGCGACGGUACAGAAUGUCGUUCUUCGCAUGCAAGAUGGCUGCAAGGAGGAGGAAUUUCAUCCCAGGAUCACCGGCGCAAGCCUCGAGGAGGAGUUCCAGCGCCUGCUUUUCCAGGUGCGUGGGGGCCACUCUUUGUGA